GAGCGCGUCGAGAGUGUCAGAGAGUUAGUCCUCGAGUAGAAGGAUCGCAGCGUGGUUGUGGUCGGUGAUCGCGGGGCCGCGGAUAUGAGCGGCGUGCUCGUCAGGUGCCUGCUGCUGGGCGCCGUCUUCUUCGUCACUGUGAUCGGCGCCAACUUCCUGUCGCUGGACGAUGAACGGAAGGCGUCGAACUUCCUCGAGUUUAUAGAGUGGGACCUCGAAGCAGAGGAUGAUGGGUGCGACAAUUACCAGACGACCCUCUGGGCCUUUUUGGAAAAGCCGCAGGACGAACAGGUUGCGGAGGAUAGGGUGGAAGCAAUGGUGCGGUCGGCUGCCUUGCAGAAAGAGGUCGCCGAGAAGGCCCAGCAAUACCUUUUCCAGGAGUUCCGAACGCAGGUUAUGGCUAGGCGAAUGCAGAUCAUGGCAAACCCAGGUGCUGCGCUCCUACCAGAAAGCGACGCCAGACUGGGGGCAUACUUUACCGUCGCAGCUGAACAGAAUUUGAUAGCGGCAUCAAAUUACUCGAGCGCUUUCUUGACAAUCAAGGAAGAAACGCAGCUUAAAAGUUUGUGGACUGAAUGGCAGGAGCAACUAAAGCCACCUAAAGAAAACUACAAGGAUUUCUUACGUCUGACGACAAAAGUGGCAACAUUAAACAGGGAAAGAGAUUUAGAAAAUUUCUGGGAGAUGCAGAGCGAUUGGAAAAAUGGUUAUAGCAAGGCGCAAAAACUUUGGGCCGAGGUUGAGCCUCUCUACAAGAAAUUCCAUGACUAUGUGCGGCGCAGCCUCCAAAAAGUGUACGCUGACGUGCCGGAAGACAUUCCCAUCCAUUUACUAGGCUCUCCCGAGGGAAUUGAUUGGUCUUACAUAUCAAAGGAACCGCUUCUGCUAGAUGAUCUAAUGAAAAGUUUGGAAUCUUCAAUAUCGCAGCAGGAUAAGAAGCAGCUCUAUAUCAUGGCCGAGAAAAUGAGCCAAGACCUAGGACUUCCGGAGUUGAGCCAUUCCUUUUUGGAGGAAUCCAAAUUUAAUGGCCAAUGUCCGGCAGAUGUGAUUUUUGCUUGCAGUGACGAUGGAGCUAGGGUUAUGACAUGCAACGCUACAAGUUGGAUCAACUACCUGGAAGCGCAUGAAAACGUUUUCCGUGCGUCCUAUUUUACCCUAGCUGCUCGUACCAACUCGUACAUUUUCCGCCACGGCAACCGAUACUCUGCCAUACCUGAGGCGAUGUCCGGCUUGGGUGCACUCUUGGCGACUGCGAAUGUCGUGGACGCUAAGCUGCUGUCGCGAGACCCGUCAGAUCCGCACGGCCAGGCGGUCAAUCUGCGGAUGCUGGUGGCUCUGAAGACGCUGCCUCGCCUACCCUAUCUGCUUGGUGUCGAUCUUUGCCGCAUUCGAGACGCCUCCAAUCCAUCGCACCCCCUGCCACCUUAUUGCUGGCAGCUGAGGAAAAAGAUGCAAAGAGUGGCCCCGCCAGAUGCACUGAAAGAAGAAGAAAUUUAUGAUUUGUUUGCUGACAGAGCGGUUGCGUCAAACGCUCCUCGGUUGAGUGAGUUUGCUGGCACAAUUAUCCAGUUUCAACUUUAUGAAUAUCUCACAAAACUGGCUGGCUCCAGUCGCAGAGACUUAUUCAAACUAGGCAUAGGAAAUCUCCAAAUAGACGAUCCUUUCAGAUCGAUGCUGAGAGCGGGACUCACGCAACCAUGGCCUGAGGUACUCGGUGAAAUUAACAUCACGGAGAUCAGCACCGCCCCUUUGCUGAAAUUCUUCAAACCACUGCUUCCCAUCUUAGAGGACAUGGCUACCUUGGAUUCCUCAGACUAUGAAGAUGAAACUGAAUCGCCUCCAGUGAUCGAAACUUCUUCAGUGUCCACCCCGACUACAAAAAGCAUCAGAAUGCCUACACCAACCGAUUCUCAUGUACAAAGUGUGAAAUCAGCGGCCACUACUGCAGCUCCAACUGCCUCCGAGGACACUCCAACCGAAUCCAAUCUGGCCAAUGACGAGGAGAACAACAUGAAUACCUCGCAGCCUACCACAAUAAUUGCGAUUGGGGGAAUUUUGCUUGGAGUGGUCAUAGUUGUUGCGGCAAUUUUCAUCGUAAACCGGCGCCGAAAGUCUCAGCCAGAGCUUCGAAAGACUAGCAACGGUGCCCAAUAUGAGGCGGUUAUCCGUAGGAGUGUAGGCCGCCCAGCGUCUUUUUCCCCCGCGGCCGCCAAGCGACUUUCGGAAAAUGGAAAUUCCACUCCUAAACCCGCGUUCUCCACAUUUCGCAGUCCAGCGAGUUCUCCAGACGUUGAGUCACCAACGGAGACCAUUGUCCUAGAGGAGACUGAAGCUAAACGAACGUCCCAAACCUCUGUUAUUUCAAAUAUAAGAGAGUAAUAAUGUUGUUGUUAAUAGGGUGUUUUGUGAGUGAAUAUUUAUCCCGUCAAUUUGCAUUAUCAUCACAAUAUUAUGUGUCACACACAUUCAUUUGUUUGGAACAAAAGACUCUGUUCAUAUAGUGUUUGAAUGGUUGGAAAUCAUUCCAAGUUUACACUUCAAAUUCCAAAUGGCCUACCAAAGGCGUGUAUCUUGUGAUAUUAGGAUUGUAACUAUUAACUUGUAUACUGUAAAAUAAGUGUGGCCACAAACUUCUAGAGACUCUGUUGUGAGAAAACGCAUUCUAAUUGCGGCCGAAAAUUUUGUUACCUUAACUAGAGAAGAGAAUAUAAAUAUACAAGAGUGCUGCAUGAAGAAUGAUGACAGUAUUCCUAUUUUUGGAAGAGACCGUUCGCUAGCUCUGCUUUCCAAGUGUAUUUCUGUAUGCAUACUAAAUUGUGAGAUGUGAAAAUAAAAUACCCUUUCUAGAUGGA